CACCACCUGCCUCCCUGCUGCCUGGUCCGUGGUAGGCCAGUAACGCGAGCCCCAAGGAGGGAGCCGCAGGGCGCCCUGGGUCCCCCCUACCCCCAGCCACCCUCUGGCUGGACAUAGCCACCCAGCAGAGCAGAUGCAGGAUGCUGCCGCCAGAGGGUCCCCGGGCCUCCGAAGAGGGCACAGCCGCUGGGACCCAGCGAGGCGACUGCGUCAUCUGCUACUCGGCCUAUGACCUCACUGGGCACCUACCCCGCCGCCUCUACUGCGGCCACACCUUCUGCCAGGCGUGCGUGCGGCGGCUGGACACGCCAGCCCACGAGCAGCGCUGGAUCCCCUGCCCGCAGUGCCGCCAGAGCACACCCACGCCCCGCGGAGGGGUGGCCAUGCUGGACCUCGACCUGGCCGCCUUCCUGGCCGUCAGGGCUGAGCGGGAGCUGCCUCGCACAGAACCCCAGCCCCCCACGCCCCUCAAAGGCAGCACCGCCAUCACUCAGCAGCCAGCCAGGCUUUGCCCCGCCUUGGGCCCCCAGCCCCACUUCCCCCAGCCCAGAUGCUGCUGCUGGGGCUGCAGCAGCCUCUGCUGGGACCCCCCGGGCAGCCCCGAGGCCUGAGCUCCGGCCGGUC